GUAGCUACCGAGUAAAGUUAGUACAAGGGGGAGUGACAGGCUGUGGCUGGAAAUUGUAAGAAGGUGGACGGGAAAUAGUUUUAACAUGACUUUAAUAUCGACGUCCACCGAGCCAAAGUGCUUAUGUUAACAUUAGUUAGCUCGUUCUUGUUUUCUAACUGCAUGGCGAGGUAUUCACAACUUUCCCGCGAGUCCGCCAUGACACACGACACUUCCUGUUGACGGUAUCUCAGUUCCGGUUUAGCCUAAUGCUUAAUGAAGCUAGCACACAAGGGAUAGGCUACUCGCGGUACAAACAAGCAAAACUGAUUACUGACAAGUAGUAAUGCUGACAGAUUAAGCAAUGGCUCCUGGUGGCUCAACGUGUGCCGUUGUCGGGUGCACAAACAACACGCGAAAACUGAAGGAUUUUAUGAAUGGGACCUGUUUCCAACAUAAGCGGACGCGCUUGACCUGUUGCCCAGCACCCUACGCACUCCAUUCAAUGCCCAAGGACGAGACAAAAACACGAGAAUGGUUAGCAGCCCUAAAGCUAAAAAAUCCACCCAAGAGGGUUUAUGUCUGUUCUUACCAUUUCAUCGACCACAAACCAACGGAGCUCCACCCGAAACCGGAGUUAUUCCUUGGUUAUGAACGACAACCAGUUAAGAAAAGGCAAAAACUCAUCACUUGCAAGGAUAACUUGGAGGUACAAGCUAACGCGAGUCAGACAUCAGCUUCGACCAGCAACACUGAAUUGCAGCACGAACAGGAAGAGCCUCAUUACCGUGCAUGCACCCACUUCCACUCUGACACAACUCCAGAGACUUCAUUCUUGGAUGAGCGACAAACAUCCACAACCCAUGAGCAUUCUUUACCUUCAGAUGUCCAGAAAGUGAUUGUUGGAGAAGAACAUCAGCAGGAGUGGAGCUCCAGUCUGGACCAGGAGGACACAAAGCCCCCAGACAUUAAAGAGGAACAGGAGGACCUCUGGGGCAGUCAGGACGGAGAGCAGCUUCAAGGGCUGAAGGAGGCUGAUGUCACCAAGUUCCCAUUCACUCCUGUCCCUGUGAAGAGUGAAGAUGACGAAGAGAAACCUAUUGAAGAGAUGAAAACAGAAGCUUAUGGAGAGGACUGUAGAGGACCAGAACCAUCCAGGAACUCACGUCCAGAUACACUUUUACAACUGUCUAGCAGUGAUGCCACCUCACAAUGUUACAAACAAGAAACUAAAGUGGCUGAUGACCGGAAUGAGAGCAGAGAACCUCAGACAGGUUUAAACUCCUUGAAUAAUACUGAAGUCCCAGUAAGUCGUAUGACUUGUAUUGCUGGUGAAAAACUGUCAAGCAGCCCUGAGUGCUGGGAACGAUUUGCCUGCAAGACACUUCUGAAGAAACGCACGGUCGGCGAAAAGAUUCUGUUUGGCUGCGGCAUUUGUGACCAAAGAUUCACCUGGUAUAAACAGCUCAGGAGCCAUCGGUGUGUUGGUCGUCAUAGUCAAACUGUGAACAAAGAGGCAGAGCCUCCAGCCAGCAGCUCAACUGAACAGAUGAAAACAGAAGCUGAUGGAGAGGACUGUGGAGGACCAGAACCAGCCAUGAACUCUUCUGAUCCAGAGACUGAUGACAGUUAUGAUUGGAAGGACAUCAGAGAACCUCAGUCAGCCUUAAACUCUCUGAAUAAUAAUGAAGUCCCUGUCUGUGGUUCCAGAUGUAGUGCUGGUGAUGAUCAAAGUAGCUGCUCUGAGUAUGGGAAAAGAUGUGGCACCAAUGGAAAUCUGAAGAGACACAUGAGAUCUCAUACAGGAGAGAAACCAUUUAGCUGCUCAGUUUGUAGGAAAUGUUUUGCAAGGAGACGAGAUUUACAGACACACAUAAGAAGCCACACAAGAGAGAAAUUCUUAAGCUGCUCAGUCUGUAAGAAAGCCUUUACAGUGAGCGGGAAUUUACUUAAACACAUGAGAAUCCACACAGGAGAGAAACCAUUUAGCUGCUCUGUCUGUAAGAAGGCUUUUACAGAGAGUGGAAGUUUACAUAAACACAUGGCAAUCCACACAGGAAGGAGACCAUUUAGCUGCUCAGUCUGUAAGAAAGCUUUUUCAGUGAGUGGAAAUUUACAUAGACACAUGAGAACCCACACAGGAGAGAAACCGUUUAGCUGCUCAGUCUGUAAGAAAGCUUUUACAGUGAGAGGAAGCUUAAAGACACACAUGAGAACCCACACAGGAGAGAAACCAUUUAGCUGCUCGGUCUGUAAGAAAGCUUUUACGGUGAGUGGAUAUUUACAAGCACACAUGAGAAUCCACACAGGAGAGAAACCGUUCAGCUGCUCCGUCUGUAAGAAAGCUUUUACAGGCAAUGGAAGUUUACAGAAACACAUGACAGUCCACACUGGAGAGAAACCAUUUAGCUGCUCCAUCUGUAAGAAAGCUUUUUCAGUGAGUGGAAGUUUACAUAGACACAUGAGAUCCCAACACGUGAGAAACCAUUUAGCCACGUAAAGUGGACAGUUAGUUUAGAAGGAGAGCAGAUAACCUCAGUCAGGUUUAAAAACUAAAAAUGAAUGAAUACUUUAAAAGUGAUAUGAGAUGUAAUAUAACGUGGGUCUUUAGAUAUUCUUAACAAGUCUUAACAAAUCCUGUAGUUAGAAUAUGUUAGGCUUUAAAAUGUCUUAAAUAUUAUUCUGACGGGUCUUUAAAGUGUGAUUGUAUUUUGAAGUUGAGAUCCAUGGAUCACCAAAGAUUAACUUGUUCAUUUUUGUAACUUAAAAUGGACUUGAAAUGAAACCAACAGCCCAUCCAUGCAACCCCAGCCCUCUUCAAAAUGGCAG